GAAGGGCGGCCUUCUGCUGAACAACGUUCUCGGCAUUUCUGGUGCCUGCCUGAUGGGAGUCACGAAGAUGAGCCAUUCCUAUGAAAUUCUAUUCCUCGGACGAUUUAUAAUUGGUGUCAAUUGUGGCUUAAACACAUCAUUAGUACCAAUGUAUAUAUCUGAAAUUGCUCCAUUAAAUUUAAGAGGUGGUUUAGGUACCGUUAACCAAUUGGCUGUGACCGUAGGAUUAUUAUUAUCACAAGUACUGGGUAUAGAACAAAUUUUAGGAACUAAUGAUGGCUGGCCAGUCUUGCUCGGCCUUGCCAUCUGUCCAGCUGUAUUACAAUUAAUACUCUUACCUAUCUGCCCCGAGUCACCUAGAUAUUUGCUAAUUACCAAACAGUGGGAGGAGGAAGCCCGAAAAGCUCUCCGAAGGUUACGAGCCUCCAACCAGGUCGAGGAGGACAUCGAGGAGAUGCGGGCCGAGGAGCGAGCUCAACAGUCCGAGAGCAGCAUAUCGACGAUGGAACUGAUCUGCUCCCCGACCCUCAGAGCCCCCCUCAUCAUCGGAAUUGUGAUGCAGCUGAGCCAGCAGCUUAGUGGAAUUAAUGCGGUAAGUUUACUCAGCAAAUUUAAAAGUUAG